AUGGAUUCAGACUUUUUUUACAGUUUCGAUGUGUGACCUGGAAUGUGAUUGAUGAAUGAAUUAACACUUGACUACAAAACCAUAGUAGAGUUGCAAAGAAUACAAAGUAACCUUGACAUUGCUAUAAAAACAAAAACAAAUCGAUUGACCAUGCGGAGAAGACCACAGUCUGCAGCUUUGGCUCCGGCAUAUUUGAGCAGGGCUGGGACUGAGAAAACAGUUUCUGCAGCAGCAGCGCAGUCCCAGUUUCACACAGAUCUCUGGCUCUGUUUCACUGUGCAGAACUGGAUACUAGACUUUGGGAGGCCGAUUGCUAUGAUCGUAAUGCCUCUAGAAUGGUUUCCUCUAAAUAAGCCAAGUGUUGGAGAUUACUUUCACAUGGCAUAUAAUGUCAUUACACCAUUCUUAUUACUGAAGCUGAUUGAGCGGAGUCCCACGGCCCUUCCUCGCUCAGCUGUUUAUCUCAGCAUCAUCACCUUUGUCAUGGGAGCCAGCAUACACCUAGUGGGAGACUCCAUUAACCAUCGUCUCAUCCUCAGUGGAUACCAGCUUCAUCUUUCUGUCAGAGAAAACCCCAUUAUCAAGGAUCUGAAGCCUACCUCACUGAUUGAUUCCUUUGAGCUUUUGUAUUACUAUGAUGAGCACUUAGGGCAUUGCAUGUGGUAUGUCCCGUUCUUCCUCAUCCUCUUCUUGUAUUUCACUGGCUGCUUUACACAAGCUAAAGAUGAGAAGAUGCCUUACUCAGGUUGGCUGCUACUUGGCCCUAGUGCAGUGUACUAUUGGUAUCUGAUUACUGAGGGGCAGAUCUUUGUUCUCUAUGUCUUCACCUUUUUUGCCAUGGUUGCCACUGUUAUGCGCCAGAGGCGGAUGGGCUUCAUGCUAGACAGCAAUGGCCGUUUCCUCUUCUAUAACUUCAUCAUUACUCUGGGAUUAGUUCUGGUUUGGGUCGCAUAUCUGUGGAAUGAUGAGGUUUUGCGCAAAAAGUAUCCCGGUAUCAUCUAUGUCCCCGAGCCUUGGUCCUUUUAUACCUUACACAUCAAAGGCAGUUAAAUACUAACAGCAAAUCCGGAACUACAUUUCACUGAUAUUUAUAAUAAAAAUACUUUAAAUACGAGUUUAACCAAGUUUAAUGACACUUUGAGUGAAA